GUUCGUUUGCUACUUCCCAUCACUAAUGUAAGUCAGCGAGUUGAACCAACCUUCCCUGCCAGCGGACAGAGCUCGGCGGCCACCAGCAUUCACUCUGUGGCGAGGGUUCAUCCAUCUCUGUCUCUGGUACUUUCCGAAACCACAGCUUUCCAGACAUUUCAUCGCCGGUAAACGAAUUGGGAUUUACAUCGCUGCACGUCUGGUUGCUCGCACAUGGAUUUUUUUUAGCAUGUGUCCCAUGUGGCAGAGCCGAUUCCUCCCAGGUUUCGAGUUGUGAACCAAAUGUGAAGCAUCAUGGGAAAAGGCAGAUGGACACCCCGGCUGUGUACAGACCAGAGGCUGUGACACGCUCGCACACUCACAAACACACACACGCACACUCACACACCCAGGGUUGACCAUGGAGGGCUUCAGUUUCAAGACAUUGAAGAAGCUGGCUGCGGAGCCGGACUACACGGACGUGUCCCUGAGCGCGGUGGAGCGCGUGCGGGCGCUCACCAAGAUGGGCUGCAGCGUGGAGAUCAACGAGGACAUCACGCCGCGGCGCUACCUCCGCUCGGGGGUGGAGAUGGAGCGCAUGGCGGCGGUGUACCUGGAGGAGGGCAGCCUGGAGAACGCCUACGUCCUCUACAACAAGUUCAUCACGUUGUUUGUCGAGAAACUUCCCAGCCAUAGGGACUACCAUCAGUGUAGUGUUCCAGAGAAACAGCUCAUCAUGAAGAAACUUCAGGACGUGGCGUUUCCCCGUAAGGACGAGCUGAAGAAGCUGCUCCACGAGAAGUACAACAAGGAGCACACAGAGCACCUGAGAGCCCAGAGCCAGUCCGUGGUGGUGGUGGACGGGCGUGUCCAGCACCCACCUCCACACCUCUCCUUCUUGGACAGGGAGAGACAUCGGCUCUCCCUAUUGGAGGAGGAGAAACAGAGGGUAGCCUCGCUCAGGCGAAUGCAGAUAGAAUCAGAACAGUUCCGCUUCUUUGAGGACCAACUACGACGGCAGGAAUUAGCCAAUCGGAAAGGAGAGGAGUUGGAGCAGAAGACCGAGCAUAAAGUGCCUGAAGUGACUGACGGUUCCUGCCUGUCCAGGCAGCCAAUCAAAAACAAUGUGCGUGCCCAGGGGGCUGACCCCAACAGGAAUAAAUCGGCUGUGCAUGUUAGUAGGCCAGCUGCCUCUCUCACUGGAGCACAGACCCAGCGUAUUGAAGGUUUGAGGAGAGUUGCUAUUCCCAGAGACCUGACGUAUCGCUUCCUGUUAUUGGCCGACUCCAAUACGGCUAGGGGGAUCGAGACCUGUGGAGUCCUCUGUGGAAAACUGACCCAGAAUGAGUUCCUGCUGACCCAUGUGGUGGUUCCUAAGCAGUCCGCCGGGCCAGACUUCUGUGACAUGGAGAACGUGGAGGAACUGUUCAGCUUCCAGGACCACCACAACCUGCUAACACUGGGCUGGAUACAUACCCACCCCACCCAGACAGCGUUCCUGUCCAGUGUGGACCUCCACACACACUGCUCCUACCAGCUCAUGCUGCCUGAGGCCAUCGCCAUUGUGUGUGCGCCCAAACACAACGAUACGGGUGUUUUUAAGCUGACCAGCCCGGGCAUGGCCGAGGUGUCGGCCUGCAGACUGAAAGGGUUUCACCCUCACUCUAAAGAGCCGGUUCUGUUUACCAUCUGUAAACAUGUGGUCGUGAGGGAUUCAAAAAUUAGCGUGCUGGACCUCAGGUGACAGACAGAGGGCGCUGUUUCUCCACCUACACACAUCCUAUUUUUACAGUGUUGUUUACUUGAGGCUUUUAUUAAUAUUUAUUUAUCUCUUUUUUUUUUACUGUGAAUUGGAAAUGCUUGGCUUUAUCGUGUGACCAAUGUGCUAAUCAAGCGCCAGAACGUGUUGGAAGUAUCUUGGCUGUGAGAAGUGGUGAAAAAAUAAUACGCUUUUGUGGUUGCUAAAAUUAAGCAUUUGACAAAUUGAGCAGUGCAUUUGAGGAUUGCUGAGGAGAUGACUUCAGUCGGAUUAAGGUGCAGAGUUUUCUUUAGGUGACUGAGGGUAGUUUUAACAAAAUAGAGAGGGAAAUGUGAAUUAACAAUUCUAUUCUUUUGUAUUGCUUAUUCUAUCAAACGUGUAUCUGGUGGAUCUCAGGCCAAAAGGGUACCUCAGCAUACACGUCCGGGCGAUUUAUAAAACGUUGUCUAAUGGUGUUACAACCAACGAGGCGGGAAAAAGCCACGAAUGCCCAGCGACGAAAGACGCUUGUGGCCGUCCGACGUUCCUCGUAUACCUGCGCUUGUAGAACGCCAUUUCCUUUACGGCCAGGGUUAGUGCUCACAUGUUUGUCGUUCAUGCGUUUAAGCCACAGAAUGCAAGCCGUAUGCUGUAUUGCCAUAGUUCACCUGAAGUGAGCUUUAUCAUUCUUAUUUUUAUGUUGCAGUGGAACUUGGAGGGGGGUUCUGUGAUAUGUGCUUUUUUAUACAACAACUCUAAACAGUGACCUUGUGUCCGCUAUCUCAGAGUCAGUUAACAUUGAUAACUAAUGAACAAUAACAAGCUACAUUCACACUCCCAACAUUAUUUGACGCAACUGACAAAGAAAAAUCCUUACCGUAUAACCUCUGCUAGCUCCUUAAUAACCUUUAGCUGACUCCACUAAGUUGCUCUGGAUCAAAUAAUUUCCGUAAUGACUGAAUGGUAGUAACCACUGAUCACAUUUGUUACUAUUUAUUUUUCAAUAUUAACUAAUACUUUUCAAUAAUAACAACUGAGAAAAUAUACACCUUAUUUGCGGGACCAAACCCUGAAUGUGUACAACCCACAAUGCUUUGCAGCACCUGGUCGAGGUCAUCUGUGCUGUGUCUGAACCUCUUCCCUGGUUUAAGCUGUCCUUUUUCCCGUGCGAUGGUAAAAAGAGCUGAGGCAGAACGUGAGGGCAGUGAAGCUGACUACCUCAACCAACCAUGUGUAGAGUUGCGCCCCAGGCUUUCCCUCACAGUUUAGUAUCAUAGCUGGGUUUUGUUUUAUAAGUGCAGUCGGGAGUGCCCUUUAUAGCUUGAAAAAAAUUCUAGUUUUGACAGUAAUCGUUUUGUCUUUGAGUGGGCAGUGUGACGUGAGAGAGAGGACCGCAGUGAUGCAGUACGUGUACUUUUUUUUUUUUUAAAGGGAUUACUCUUCCUCCCUUAAACAUGGAUCAAUGGUUCCAUAUUAGUCUAUACUCCAGCUCGUACCUUCUGGCAAUAUAACGCCUUUUAUGUUCUUCUCGCUAGUUUCAAAGGUACUCAAAGUGCAAAAAUGUGGACAUUUGCUUGGAAGGCAUUCUUUUAACUCCCAUUGAAAUUGGCAGAAAUCAUACCAGGUGGCAUAAUUGGCUGUUGUUUGAAUGGAAAGCGCUCUGGCACCAUUAGGAACAAAUCGGCAAAAGGCGAUAACUCGAUCAUAACUAAAGGCCUGGCCUAGAAACACUUGCCAACCAGCCGAGACACAGUCAGAUGGUAUUUUUAGUUUGAUUUAUUUUGAUCUGUAAUGAGAUUUUAGUAGGGCUGCAUGGAAUCCACUUUUUAUAUGAGUGAUGAUUGUAUUCCUAAACUAAAAACCAUUGCCAAUACAGGACAGGGCCGUCACCAUCACAGGAUAAUGUAGUGGCUAGGGCGUUCUGGCGGUUCUGGGUUCGAUCCCGGGUAUAGAACAAGUGGGCUGAACAGCUCCAUCAGAAUACACCGUCAAUUUGUUUGGAAGAAAGCACCUCCUUAAUAACAUAAAAGUUUUAAAGGAAAGUUUAGCAUUGUCUCUUCAGAUCACAUUUUUAUAGAAUUUGCUUUCGGGGUGUUUUUUGUUGUUGUAAUAUCUGUUUGGUUUACUGUGAUUGAAAAUGUUAAAAUGUUUGUCUCUGGAGUAGCAGUGGCCUAUUUGAAUGUUUUACAGUUUACUUUUGCAUUUGAAUUUGAAAUUUAUUGUGAUCUUGUUUCAAAGAUCAGGAGUUAUAUUGUUUACUGAGUUGGUGCAAAGAGAGAAUUGUGCAGAACAUGCGUGCGCCAGUGUAAUUCAAUUAAAUAAACCAGUUGGACUCCAUCAUGUAUUAAAAAAAAAUAAAAGUCCAAAUGGAGCCCUGGAUAAUAGUGCCUUCUUGUGAAACCAACCAAGAUAACAGUUCAUAACCAAAUCGAUUACACCAUGCCUGUUUUUGUUUUAAUCCGGAAUUUGAAUUGACUAGUGCGUUUUUAGUCGUAUCUUUUAAGACACUAUAUGAUUAUCAUCAUUCGUGCUCACUGUGGUAAAUAUAAUAAUGUUUAGAAUUUAAUGUUUAGAAUUUAAGAGAAACCUAUGAUUCCUGCCUUACCUCCAUUCAACUAAUUCCACUAUUAGUGGCGUUCUCCCUAAGGUGGAGUAGUCAAGGACAGUUGUAACGCAACCUCAUAUUCAACAAGAUUAUGAAAAAAUGGAUCUUGUUAAAGUGUAAUAAUCCAUCGUUAUGAUUCAUCACUUGUUAUAACGACAAUCUAGCGAUUGGAAUAUUUAUCAUCUUCAUUUGGCAGCUUGACCUUAUUGACGUGCCCGACUAUGUGGAAACAAAUUAACGAUUUAAUAACAUGAAAGGGUCUUGACUUGGUGUAUCAUGCCUUUUUCUUAUUAUUAUCAGUAGUGUGGGAUGCUUUCUAUGUGACGAAUUUGGCAGUUUGAGGCGAAGCAAUAAGGGCCAAAGCUGCUUGGGGUUACACCUUACCCAAAACGUAACUGUGUGUCUGAGGUUAUUUACUAAAAUUGGAAUACACUAGCCACAGGCAUGUACUCAACGUUUAGCUCCACGUUUAGACCUGUGAUCCAGGUUCACACCAUGCAUACAGUCCAAACCACAUGGGGAACACCUUGCGGACUCAUACGGCGAUUUCAGGUUUCUGAAGUGUUAGCUCCAGCAUGCUAAAGCCACAGUCCGUCUGUCCCGCCGUGUCCCUCUGCAGUGCCAGUCUGGACCUGUGUUUGUGUCCCGCUUUAGCCAGGUAAACAGUGUUAUCCGUUGGGUCUGACGGCUGACUGACACACCUGGGCCCACACUGCUCUUUUUCACUGCCAGUUUGUUCAAAAAAAUCUAAUAAAAUCGAUAAA